UCUGCCAGGAACAGCUUGCCAAAAGCAGUGUGUGUCUGUCCCGCCUGUCCCUGCACAAACGGGAGGGGAUCAAACGGCCUUUCAGACGCAGGAAGACCUCGUGAAAAACAAUUUCUUUUUGCCUUCUGGAUCUUCAUCUCUGGUUGCUUUCUUACAGCCUUUUGACCUUACCAUGGGCUCUAAUCUAAAAGUCAUCUUCCUGUUUCUUUGGUUGCUUCACUACGGAGGAGGAGAUGUCAGCGUACAGCAGAAACCUCUAAUCCGGGUUGCACUGCUUAAGGAAAAAGUAUCCAUCCCCUGUGAAGUCAUCUUCCCAUACACACUGAAAUACACCAGAUUUACAAUCUUCUAUUACUGGAUUAAUGCAUGGGACCAGGAAGUAUCCAUCUAUAAUAAGAAAGAACAAGUAGAUAUCCCUCCUGGAGAAGAGAAUAGGACUGCCAUCAAAUCUUACAAUCACGAAACAAAGCCGCUUGAAAGCACCUCUUCUACUGGCACAUACUACUGCAAAGUCCAAUGGAAUGACAUCCAGAUAAAGGGAAAGGGAGUGUUUGUUCUUGUUAGAGGUACAGGGUAUGCACAGACCUCUCAUGGGCGAGAAAUUCUCAUUACCUUUACCACUCUUCUGGCUGCACUGAGCAUCGCCGCAACAGCUCUGCUAGUGUGGAAAAGAAAGAUAUUGUGUCCUAAAAAGAACCAACUAAAUAUCAGGAGACAGCAGACAGAAACUCAGCCUCCUUCAGCAAGCCCACCACCAUCUUCUCCUGUUUAUGACUGCCUGGAUUCGCAGCAAGUUGAGGUCUACUCUGUCCUCGAGAACAACACAAAGAUCCCAGAACACAGAAAAAGUCUUCCAGGCAAGACACCUAAGAAGGAAGAAACUCUAGAAGAAUACAGUGAUACACUGUAUGAGAAUAUCUAAGGGAAAAACUGACGCUGUGUGGAUCAGACAUCUUCCUGCGCGACAGAGCUACUUUCUACACCCUCUGUUCUCUGUGAAGACCCACAGUGACUUCAGGGCACAGCCAGGGGAACUCAUGAACCUUGGGCUCCCUCCAGACUGCACUUCAUUAGCAGCAGAAUACAUCUGUUCAGAUCCCACGGGGGCUCAGUCUGUAUUUAUGCAACGAAGCUAUUUUGCAGCAAAGCUGUUUGAUGCAAAAGAAAAGCUGUUUUUUGUCGAGCAGUCACAUAUCUUAAAAAUGGUGCAGAUGGGAUCUGUGCAGGUUUCUCUCACCUGGCCUGGCUGAAAUACUUGAAUCUUGAUCCUCUGGAGGUGGUAUCACAGUCCAGAGACCUCCCUGCUUGCUGGCUUGAUCUCUGAAUCCUGAUCUGCAGCAGUCCAUCUGAUCCUGUGCCUGUGGCUUUCCUGACACAGCCAUCAGGCCUUCAUGCAUAGUUUAACGAAGAUCCAAGCAUCCACCUGCCCAUUUUUCCUUUUUCAGGAACCCCACAGCAAAACAUGCUUUCUCGUAAUCUGCUAAUCCCAUCAAGUAGUCACAGAUGCCUGCUGCGACCAUACUGAACUGACUCAAAUCAGUGCCUUGGGAGAAAUGCUUUCUCUUCAGCAAUAUCAGCAGUAUUGGCUGAAGGAUGGAUGCAUGAACAGAAAUAAAAAUGGAUUUGAGGAAGACAGAGAAAAUAUCCUUGCCUGCCAAGAUGUCCCAGUGGCAGUGGGAACAUCCAGAACAAGGAAAAGGAAAAGCCGGGAACCUGAGGAAACUCCCUUGCUGGGUGGCGUAAUCCAAACAGUUCUGGGGCUACGUCCCGGCCUGAGAAGUUCAAGCUGAUCUCCCCAGCUUGCUGUUCUUUUUGGCAAUGGGCAUUCUUACUGUUUGGGAUUUUGAAUUUCUGCGGGAGGAGAUUUGGUAUCUCUGCCUCACCAAAAUCCGUAGGUUUGCCUUUGUUUCAGCCGGCCAUUAUUUCCCCACAAAGAUAGAAGUUUUGUUCUGCUUUGUUUUCCCUCAUAGAUUAUUUUGGCAGAUGGAUGAGUUCUCAAACUUAGAAUGACCAGAGUGAGGAGAGAGACCCUCAAGGUGAAUUUUCUAUCCAAGCGCUUCUCUCUCCUGUCAGCUGGAACUUGCUUACCUUUAGUGCUGAUGCAUAUGCUAGUUCUAGUAGAGAAAAGGUUACAUUUAAUAUCCAUAUAACACGAUCAAGCCAGUGGAUCAAAAAGCUGAGGCUGUUUUAUCUCAGAUUAAAAAAACAACAACAAAAUAACAACCAAACAAAACCAACCCAAAAUAAGAAUAUGUAGCAUAACUUGAGAGGAAUCAUAGAAACCUCUUUAAAGAAGAAGAUCAAAUUAAAACGGAGCUCCAGGGUCAUAGGACCCUCUCUAGUUGAAGAUAAUGUUGCUAUGCAUCAGAGAUAGAGGCUAUGGAAAAUGUCUCCAGGGCCUCCAACCUUCCUAUACUACGUUUAAAGAGAUAAUCCGCUUAUUGCUUUGCUCUUUUUAUUAGAAGAGAUUUCAGACAUGCAAUUUGGACUUUCUUUAACCACAGGAAAACGCUUUUUCUCUUCCCAGUGUUGAGGAAUUCAUUUCAGAAAGAGCAAUAAAUAGACAGUGUGUCUCACUAGACUUGUCUUCCGGUUGUUAAGAGAACACAAUAAUUAGAAAUAAAAUUUUUUGAACUCAGCAA